AUGUCAAGUUGUUACCNGGGCACACAAUGCAUUCACUUACUUCUAACUGAUUUUGAUUCCUGGAGCGCUGCACGCACCGAGUGUGGAGCGACUGGAGGAGAUUUGAUAAUUCUGGAUGACUGCGACCAGUACAGCAAGGUUACCACCUACUUCGAGAAGCAAGUUUAUAAGCCGUUCGGAUACUGGAUAGGAGGCUCAGAUGAAGCCCAGGAGGGGCGAUGGCGCUGGAUUGAUGGCUCACCGAUGGUCAUGGGGCUUCCUUACUGGGCAAAUGUUGGUUUGGGUGCUCGUGAACCCGACUAUCCCGGCGUGCAGAACUGCCUUGAGCUGAGCUCCCUGUGGUUGUACCGCUUCUCCAACACGCUGUGCUCCGAUACGCGACGUGUGAUUUGCGAGGCGCAGCCCCUCUAGAUCUGCGAGGCGCAGCCCAAUAGAUCUGCGAGGUUCACCCCCUCUAGAUCUGCGAGGCACAGACCCUCUAGAUCUGCGAGGCGCAGCCCACUAGAUCUGCGAGGUGCAGCCCAUCUAGAUCUGCGAGGUGCAGCCCUCUAGAU